AUGCGAAACAAAGGUGUAAGUUUAGCUAUUAUUCCAAGAGGGUGCACCCAAUACAUCCAGUUACUCGACGUACACGUAUUUUCUGCUUUCAAAAACCAUUACUAUGAUUGUGCUGAAGAGUUUUUGAAAAUCAAUGGUCCUCGUUCAAAGUUGAAAUUAUCUACUUCUCAAAAAUGUAUUCUAUGUACUAGACUUACUGCUUCGGCAUGGGCACGUACAUUAAAAUCAAUUAAUUUUUCAAAAGCAUUGCGUUCAUUGGGUUAUACUUGGGUGGAUAAUUCAAUCGUUCAAACCAGUCACAUACAAUGGUACAAAUUUGAUCCAAACUCUAUGACAUCAAAGGAACCAGAGCUUGAUGAUCAUGAUCAAAAUUCACAACAACAGGAACCAAUUCCAAAUUUAACAAAUAAAACUCAACAUAAACAACUGACUUUGAAGGAUAUGUGGAAAAUUCGAAAACUUUGA